AUGUUUUUGGAUAAGCCGUCGUCAGAUCCCAACAAAUUGUUCGAUUUCAGAGCUACAAAUAUCAGUAGAUUUACAGUUAAUAAAGUAAAUAGACAAGGAAACUUAAAAUUACAAAAGGUGUUAUAUUCUAAGAAGGAAAAUGGUACUUGGGAGAAAACUCAAAGACACAGCGAUAAUUACGGACCUGCAAUUCAGGUUCUCGAGUCUCCUGGACCAUUGUUAAUUAUAAUUGGAAACCAAUUUAAAGACAAGCUAUCUUCAAUAUACUAUAAAGAAUACGCGGAAAUUAUAACUUCUGGUCAAGUCCCAAAUGGCAAUUUAGUAUUGCUAGGUGGUCCAGAUAUCAAUUAUGCUACGAAGAAUUUACUUGAUAAGAGAGGCCUAGUUCAGAAAGUUUUACGAUUGCAAAAAGGAAUUUUUACGAAAAGAAUACAGUCACAUUUAGCAUUAAUUAUUACUAGUACGAAUGAAGGAGGGUUUGAAAAUGCCGCGAAAUUAUUUCCGAAGAUAACCGGCGUGCCAGUUCCUGAUUGGAUCAUUGUUGGCCCCGAAGCGAAAUGGAAAGGCGUUGGAGGUUUUGGAAUAAUCAAUGGAAAUUUAAUCCUGCUACAG